AUGGAUAUCGACUCAGAUGAUGACCUCUACCAGCCCGAGGAACCUAAGCUCGAGAGCGCACCUGUAGAAGAUCCUAAGCCUAAAGUAGACGACUUGGAGGAAGGUGAAGAAGAGGAUGAGGGCGCAGCUAUGGACGAGGAUGACGACGACGACGACGACGAUUCAGAUAUCGAUAUUAUCACAGAGCGCAAAGAUGGCACCAAGCCAGCUCCUCCACAACAGGCUAAAUACAGCGACAUUCGAAAUAUUCCCCAAAGGACAGCUUCAAAUGAUAUGCCAGCACAGCCAGCACCAGUGAGGAGGGAAUCAGAAUCUCGGGCAUCAGUCAAUGUUGCUGCACCCAGCGCCGAUAAGACUUCAGCUGCGGCAUCAAAAUCGACAAUCGACGUGAACGCAAACCCAAUUCAUCCCGGAACAGGGAAACCCAUCACUCAAGUCAACAUUGACGAAGACCUUCCAGAGAACGACAAGCCAUGGCGGAAACCCGGCACGGAUAUCAGCGACUAUUUCAACUACGGCUUCGACGAGUUUACAUGGGCCCUGUACGCCUCCAAGCAGGAGACUGUCCGAGGCGAAUUCGGAGCCGACGUCUUCGCACAGAACAAUAAGAAGAUGAUGGAAGACUUCAACAUGAUGAUGAUGGGCGGCAUGGGCAUGCCAGGCGGAAGCAACCAGGGUGGUCAACAAGGAGGUAUGUCUGGCGGCAUGGACGGUAUGUCCCCCGAUAUGCAAGCAAUGAUGCAGCAGAUGAUGGCGUCAGGAAUGGAUCCAAGCCAAAUGGAUCCCAGUCAGAUGAGCGCUAUGUUCUCCGGCAUGCAAAACGCUGGUGGCCAGGGUGCUCAGGGCGGCCAAGGAGGCAACUUUAAUGGUGGCUUCGGCGGCAAUCAAGGCGGUUUUGGCUAUGAUCAAAAUAUGUCUGGAGGCGGCGGCAGAGGUGGUUUUGGAGGUCGUGGACGCCGUGGACGGUGGUAG